AUGAAUGAAUUGAUUGACUUGACAAAAACCAUCAAACUACAGCUAUUUAUCCACUAUCAAUACAUAAAUAUUUUGUACACAAUCCUAUUCUAUGUCUCAAUCUUGGGUUUUGUUGUAAAAGACAGACGUAUCAAAAGAAAUAAUAAUAAUAUUGAUGGAAAUUCAUAUUCAUCUGAAAAUAAUAAUAAUAAUGAAAAUAAUUUCAAGUCAAUAAGAAUAAAACUAUUCACCGAUAAUCUAUUGUUGGAUAACGAUAGUGAGAAUAGUUGUAAGAAUAUAGGCGAUAGAAUCAAGGUGGCAGGAACUGAUUACACCUGUGUGGAAAACGAUAUCUUGAGCGACGCCAAACGAUUGCACCUCACCAACAUUCUCGAGUCAUCGAUAUCGGUGCUUCAGAAUGCUCUGAGAGUCGACUCACUGCAAUAUCCAAUUCGAUAUGCAGGACAGUGUUUCGAUUGUCCUAUACCCACCAAUCCACAACUCCAAUAUAGUGGUGUCGAUGCCGAUCUCCUCCUUCUGAUAACAGCUCGUCCCAUUCUUCAGAAGAAUGUACUGGCGUUCGGAAUGAUCUGCGAGCAUCUCGACGACUAUCGGCCGUUCAUAGGUCAACUCAACUUCAACCCCGGAUCGAUAGAAACAACGGAAGCAGCCAUUCCAUCGCAAAUCGGACUGGUUCUCCACGAGAUGACACACGUCCUCGGAUUCGGAAAUGAUACAAUGCAUCGGCUAAAUAUGACCGAGAAAUUUGUAAAGACAACCGGUGUCAACGGACAUGGCGUAGAGGCGACACGCGUCAAUACGCCAAGAGUAACCAGUUUCGUUCGACAUCAUUUCGGAUGCAAUGAUCUGGGUGGAGCGGAACUAGAGGAUGGCGGUGACUUGGGAACGGCAAUGUCGCAUUGGGAACGAAGAAUAUUCAAUAAUGAAUAUAUGACUGGUCAGACCUCGACGAAUCCAGUGCUAUCGGGACUGACACUGGCUUUCUUUGAGGACACUGGAUUCUAUCGGGUCAACUACAGCUUUGCCGAGCCGUUGAUAUGGGGAUACAAAUUGGGAUGUAAUUUCGUGAAUCAACCGUGUAAUCGGUGGAAGAGCGACAAGAUGUUUUGUAAAUUUUCAUUCGCACCGCAAUGCACCUACGACAGAAUGGCAAUUGGAUUGUGUAAUAGCCGUGCCACCGAUAAUAUUCCGGUGCGUUUCAACUACCUACAGAAUGGAUUUGCUGGCGAUGAACUCUCUGACUAUUGUCCGUACGUCGAGGGUGUGCACGACCAAGAUCGAUCACACUACUGCACCAGUCCAUCGAGUUCCAACUCAUUUUUCUAUGCAGGUGGAAAGCAUGGAUUGAGCAGUCGUUGUUUCGAUAGUACCUUACUCAGCAAUGCAUAUAACGGUGGUAGUACAUACAGUAACAGUAACAACAAUAAUAAUAACAAAGGAGAAGGAAUAAAUCGUCCUGUUUGUUAUGAAACUGCAUGUCUAAAUGAAGAUCGAUUGAAAAUCAAGGUUGGUAGCUACUGGUAUGACUGUCCGUAUGGUGGAGAAAUCAGCAAUAUCGAAGGAUUCUAUGGAUCUUUGAAAUGUCCAAGUGGUGUAGAUGUUUGUGUACAGGCACCGGAUGCUGUUCUUGAUUGGCCAGAGUUCCUCUCGGUUGAGCCAACCGAAGGAGAACCAGGUGAUAUCGUUACGAUUAGAGGUGAGAAUUUCAACGACAAUACAAUUCCAAUGAUGGUUUUCAAUUGUGAGGAUGUCACUUUGAUCAACAGUACGAUGAUUAUCGCGCGAAUAGCAAACUACAGCUACUUCUCACAGAAUGGUAAUUUUAAUUAUCAUCCGACAGUCUCCAAGAAAAUCAAUAUCGCUCUCAAAGAUAGUGUAUCUGGUAAGAACGCCAUGGGAAUACAGAGUUUCCAAUUGAAAAUAUUUAAUGACUACGAAGAGAACAAGUUGAUAACCGUUGGAUUUUGGUUCUACACACACUGGUAUAUUCCUGUUCUAGUUGGAGUGGUUAUGUUGGUUGCAAUCAUCUUUUUAGUGUAUGGAAUAAAGAAACGUCAAAAACAACUGUUGGAGAAGAAAUCACAUCUCAACAGUGAGUCAAAUAGUAAUAGUAGAAAUAAUCAUAAUCAAAUGGAAAUAUAG